CAAAUAGACAGGCUAGGUUAAUUAGAGAGAUGGAGAAGCAAGGAAGAACGAGUAAGAGUCAUGUGCUGGCCAUCCUGCUCAAGGUCACAUGAACCCAAUGAUGCAAUUCAUUAUCUAACGAAGAGCUUCCCUGACAGAAGUUCUGAAGGCUGAUAAUGGACACUCGAAAGAUAAAACAAUUAAAUAGAACUCAACUUUUGAGUAAGAGCCCGUUAAACUUGAUCCUCCACUAUGGCAACGUUGUUUGUGUCCAAGCAGCAGUAAAAGAAGUGCUAGUUAGUGCGUUGCCCGCCACGAGUUAUAAUUAAGGUGGACAGGCUCGGUCUGAUUCUGAUAAUAAAAGAAACACCAAAAACCAAGGGAGAAAGUGAUAAUUUUGGAGUAAGAAAUGGAGGGCAUGGUCAAGUGCUCAGCUAACUACGUCCCUUUGACUCCAAUCAGCUUUCUUGAACGCUCAGCCAUUGUUUACAGAGACAGAGUUUCUGUUGCCUAUGGUGACAUCAAGUACACGUGGAAGGAGAUUCAUGAGAGGUGCGUCAGACUCGCUUCUGCUCUUGCCCAUCUCGGAAUUUCCCCUGGUGAUGUGGUUGCUGCAUUGGCCCCAAAUAUUCCAGCAAUGUAUGAGCUACAUUUCGGUGUUCCGAUGGCUGGGGCAGUUUUGUGUACACUUAAUGUGCGCCAUGAUUCUUCAAUGGUGUCUGUCUUGUUGAAACACUCAGAGGCUAAACUUAUUUUUGUAGACUACCAAUGUCUCCCAAUUGCUCAAGGAGCACUCGAGAUUCUCUCAGAGAGAAAAACCAAGCUGCCACUUCUUGUCUUAAUCCCAGAGUGUGGUCAGCCGGCUGCCAUUUCCUCCCCUAGAAUUUUGGAAUAUGAGAGUCUUUUGGAAAAGGGAAAAUUGGACUUUGAAGUUAGACGGCCACGAGAUGAAUGGGAUCCCAUUUCGCUUAAUUAUACUUCAGGCACUACAUCAAGUCCAAAAGGUGUUAUUUAUAGCCAUAGAGGAGCUUAUCUUAAUUCUCUUGCUGCUGCUCUUCUAAAUGACAUGAGUGCAAUGCCUGUAUAUCUAUGGUGCGUCCCCAUGUUUCAUUGCAAUGGUUGGUGUCUUACUUGGGCUGUGGCUGCACAGGGUGGUACGAAUGUUUGCCAGAGAUAUGUCACUGCAAGAGACAUAUUUGAAAAUAUUGCUCAGCACAAGGUUACUCACAUGAGUGGUGCACCAACAGUUCUGAACAUGAUAAUAAAUGCAUCAGCUAGUGAAAAAAGGCCUCUUCCAGGAAAAGUGGCGGUCAUGACAGGAGGUGCACCCCCACCAUCUCAUGUGCUAUUCAAGAUGGAAGAAUUAGGAUUUCAUGUGACUCACUCAUAUGGUUUGACAGAAACCUAUGGUCCUGGCACAGUUUGCGCAUGGAAACCUGAAUGGGCUUCCCUAACUCCAGAAGCUCAAGCAAAGAUCAAGUCCCGUCAAGGGGUGCAACAUCUUGGGUUGGAGGAACUUGAUAUAAAAGAUCCUGUUACCAUGAAGAGUGUACCAGCAGAUGCAAAAACCAUGGGUGAGGUUAUGUUUAGAGGCAAUACUGUGAUGAAUGGAUAUUUGAAAAAUUUGGAAGCAACAAAAGAUGCAUUCAGUGGUGGAUGGUUUAGGAGUGGAGAUUUAGGGGUGAAACAUCCUGAUGGUUACAUAGAGCUAAAGGAUCGAUCAAAGGACAUUAUAAUCUCCGGGGGCGAAAACAUCAGCUCAAUUGAGGUGGAGUCUGCACUUUUUAGUCAUCCUGCAGUUCUGGAAGCAGCUAUAGUAGGAAGACCUGAUGAUUACUGGGGAGAAACACCUUGUGCAUUUGUGAAGUUGAAGGAAGGAUGCAAUGCCAACGCAGAAGAACUUAUCAAAUUUUGUAGAGAUCACUUGCCCCACUACAUGACACCUCGAACUGUUGUGUUUCAGGAAUUGCCAAAGACUUCAACUGGGAAGGUGCAAAAAUAUGUCCUGAAGGAGAAGGCAAAGGCCAUGGGAAGCAUUUCAAAGGGAAACACUACUAGUAAACUGUAAAUCAACAUUGAAUUGAAAGAUAAAACCGAUUCGUGUUCGUAUAUUUAAAAAUAUUGAAUAUGGUUGUCAAUCUAAAUAAAAUUUCUCUGCUUCCAAUACGAA